UCAAGUAUACAAAUCACUAAUGAAAGAUCUGUUGAGCCUGAGAAAGCCAAAACAGGUAAUGACCUAGAUGAUAAUAAUGAUUUCAUUUCAUUGAAUUUUUCAGAUUCAGAUGAUGAUGAAGAUGAGGGACAAUUAGAUAAUGAAGAAGAUGCAUACUCUAUGGAUGAAAAUGAAACAGAUAUAAAUCUGAACUCCAAAGUUGUUAAAAACGAUGUUCCAUGGAUUAAAAACCAUGAUCAUUCAACACAGAAAGAGAUAGCGGAUUGGCUAACGCUAGAGAUAAAAGAUUUCAUUGCAUACAUCUCCCCCUCCAAAGAAGAAAUUGAAUUAAGAAAUUUCACAGUGAGAAGACUAAGAGAAUCAAUAACGAAAUUCUGGCCAGAUUGUGAAGUUCAUGUUUUUGGAUCAUAUGCAACAGAUUUAUAUCUACCAGGUUCAGAUAUUGAUAUGGUUAUCGUUUCAGAUCAUAAAGGUUAUGAUUCAAGAAAUUCAUUAUACUCAUUAUCUUCAUAUUUGAAAAAAGAGAGAUUAGCUACAAAUGUUGAAGUUAUUGCAAAGGCAAAAGUCCCAAUUAUUAAAUUCACUGAAUACCAUUCAAAUAUUCAUAUUGAUGUUUCAUUUGAAAGAACUAAUGGUAUUGAUGCAGCAAGAACUAUACGGUCUUGGUUAGUUGAAACACCGGGACUUCGUGAAAUUGUUUUAAUUGUUAAACAGUUUUUAUCUGCAAGAAAAUUGAAUAAUGUUCAUGUUGGUGGAUUAGGUGGUUAUUCAAUCAUUUGCCUUGUUUAUUCUUUUUUACAAUUACAUCCAAGAUUAUCCACGGGGAAUAUAUCGCCUUAUGAAAAUUUAGGUGUUUUAUUAAUUGAAUUUUUUGAACUUUAUGGUAAGAAUUUUGGUUAUGAUAAUGUUGCAAUUUGUGUUGAGCCUGAUAAUGUUUGUUAUUUGAAUAAGAAGUAUUAUCCUGAUUUACAAGGAAGAUCAUCUUUUGCAUUAGCUAUUCAAGAUCCAUCAGACCCUCAAAAUAAUAUAAGUAGAGGUUCUUUUAACAUUAGAGAUAUUAAAAAGGCAUUUGCAGGUGCUUAUGAGCUAUUAACCAAUGGUUGUUAUGAUUUAGAAAGUGCAACUUAUAAACAAAGAAUUGGGAAAUCUAUUUUGGGUAAUGUUGUUAGAUAUAGAGGUAAAGAAAGAGAUUUCAAUGAUGAAAGAAGUUUGGUGAUUAAUGAAGCAUUACAUGAAGAU